AUGAAUGGUGUCGACCUCGAAAGAACCACUUCUCGGCAAGGCAAUGAUCCCUUCCAAACUCCCACUACCGAGCGAGAUCAGAGAAGCAUUGAAGGAAACUACAAUGUAGAUGCCUUCGAAGUCAUCCCACCUGAUGGUGGGUAUGGCUGGGUGUGCACAUUCUGCGUGUUCAUGAUCACUGUGCACACCUGGGGCGUGAACAGUGCAUGGGGAGUGAUCCUUGCCUAUUUUCUGUCCAACUCAACAUUCCCCGGUGCCGGUCAUCUGGAUUAUGCAUUUAUUGGUGGAUUGUCCAUCUCCCAGUGCUUAUUGAUUGGACCCAUCGUGACCAAGACAUACAAAGCGGUCGGAACCACAAUGACACUGCUGUUUGGCACAGCACUGGGGUAUGCUUUGGCUUCGGCCAUUCUUCCUCCUUGGUUCUCAACUAAGAGGAGCUUUUGUAUCGGCAUUGCUGCCUCCGGCUCUGGGAUUGGUGGUCUUACAACCGAAACCAUGGGCUGGCAGAUUACUUACAAGAUCCUGGCAUUCUGCGCGCUAGGAUCCAAUCUGGCGUGCUCCUUGUUACUGAAGGACCGCAAGCAAUCUCAGGCUGCCAUCGCUGAGCGCACGUUCAAUAUCCGCGAUCUCAAUUUCCAAGUCUGUCUGAUGAUCGUGUGGGGAGUCAGCACAGAGCUGGGAUUCAUUGCUUUGAUCUACUCAUUGCCAUAUUACGCGUCCUCAAUCGGGUUAAAUUCACAGCAGGGAUCGGUAGCAGGUGCAAUCCUGAACCUUGGGCUAGCAAUCGGACGGCCUCUGACCGGCUAUAUCAGCGACACUUUCGGCAGAAUCACGGUUUCAACGUUCAUGGCAGCCUUUUGCGUUGUCUUCUGUUUUGCCAUCUGGAUCCCAGCACAGUCGUAUGCGUCCUUGCUAAUAUUCGCCAUUUUAUCAGGAAUGGUCAGUGGAACAUUCUGGGGAACGAUAACGCCCGUGACAGCCAAGGUGGUCGGGCUGAGCCGUCUUCUAACGUCAUUUUCCAUGAUCUGCCUUACUCUGGUUAUUCCAACCACCGUCGCUGAGCCCGCGGCACUCAGCCUGGUGGCCAGCUCUGGCUACUUGAAUACCCAGGUAUAUAUUGCAUGCAUGUUUGUUUUGGGCGCCCUGAGUCUUUGGAUCUUGCGCUCGUGGAAAUUCUAUGAGAUUGAACGAAAGGCGGCCCAAGAACAGGAGGAGUAUAUGGAUCGGAAGAUGCACUGGCUAGCUUUCCGAAGUCUUGCCAGUUGGAGACGCCGCAAGAAAAAAUGCGAUGAGGUCAGGCCAUCCUGCGGAGGAUGUGUCCGCAAUAAACUCUCCUGCCAAUGGCCAUCCAGUGUACCCCAGAAUUCAUCGGCUGCAGCAACAAAUGACCCAGAUACUACGACCACGAAUCAACACAGACUCGAGGACCAACCAUCGAGCCCAGUGUCAGAGGGAGUACAUCGCGACUCAGUUGGCUCCUUGGAAUCUCCAUCAUCUGCCGAUUCUCCCGCCCAACUGUCGUGCACCUCCGACUCCGCCGAGCCUGCUGCCUUACGGAUCGAAGAGCAUGUCUCCCCUGAACAGAUUGCCCCGAGAAGGGAUAGCUCAGCAUCGGACCUUUCUACUUUGGCCGUUGGGGGCCUAGUGCCUCGAAGCCUAUCAAUGCUUCCGGGCUACAGCCAGGAAUCCUUUCAAUUACUGAGCCACUAUCUAGCGACCACGGCUGAGUGCAUGGCCAAUGGGUCAACUCCCGUCAAUCCAUUUCUAGUACAAAUCGUUCCGCUUGCUUUCACCAGUGACCUUCUUCUACAGCUCGUUCUCACGCAAAGUGCUGCUCAUCGUGCAUUCAGAAGCCGAAAUGAUUCCGAUGAAAUUGCUCAGAGCCACUAUACGAAAGCCUUGCAGUUGUUCCGCAAAGGUGUCAACGAAUUCAUCAAUGGCAAGGAAUCCAACUCAUUAAUGUUGACUGUGGGGGCUCUUGUCAUGUGUUUUACAGAGACGGCUAAAGGAGAUAUCAAUGGCACGAUCUUUGAUCAUCUAUCCGCCGCCAACACGCUUUUGACGCGCUUUUUAUCCCUUAGCGACGCAGCCGUGCCUAAAGAACUGAAAGAUUUCGUUAUUGAAUAUUACACUUAUACGGCAGCAGUUAGCAUGAUAUCUAUCGAUGCCAGGGUCAGCCAUCAACUUUUGCUGAAUUUUGAGUUGGAGCACCGAGCUCGCCAGCUGCUUGACUCUCAAUACCUCGGCAAUCUCUGUGGCUGCUGGUUGGAACUGCUGCUUUUAAUUCCUUGUAUAUUUGACUUGGGCAGACAGUGGAUGAUGUACGAUGCACAACCAACCAUGCCGUCAGCAGACGAGAUCGCCAUGUAUGGCUCACUACAAACGCAAAUUUUGCAAUGGUCACCUUACCCCACCGUCACUCCCGAGGUAUUUCUGGCGGGCCGCAUCUUCCAACAGGCCAUGCUUCUCUACCUAUACACAGCCUUGAGCUCAUUCUCGCGGACUGAGAGAGCUCUCGGCCACUGUGCGAAUCAAUUCUGGGCUCUGCUGGCCUAUCGCCGUGAUAGGAUCCUGCCUAUCUCAAGAAGAGCAUCAAGUGGAUCUACGGAACCGGCUAACUACAAUGGUGAACACAUUUGGUCUAGGGAAUAUGCAUCGAACGCUUCUAUUACUUGA